AUGAGAACUCAACAUCAACAUGAGUCUCACGCUGCUCCCUCUAGAGGAUCAACUGUAUCCACACUUCAAAAUCCAAACAGACCAGAAAUUCCCAAAUCCCACGGAACAAUGCGGAAUCCGAAUUACACAAUCCGUGAUUGCACGAAGCGCGAAACCAAACACGUGGUUCCUCGCUCCCCGAAAAAGGAGGCAACAGAGGAUGGUAGCUGCAGUUUGAGAUUGAAAGAGAGACCAGUGAAAAAAAAAAAAAAAAAAAACAGGUAUACAAAGAAGUGGAAGAACCAACCUAGGAUUUCGGAGACGAGAGCGUUGAUGAUACGACGACAACGACGAUGGAGGGAUCGCGGUUGA